GAAUUAUUAACCAAGAUGGCUUUCAAUAAGCAACAAUACGAAUCUCUGCCCGGGAAAGACGGAGCCACUCCACCAGUGAUGGCGAGUGAAAAACCAAUAGUCAACCAGCCAGCCAAACUUUCACCUACGGAAGAAUAUGUUCUCAACUUGGAUCCAGCCACAGUAUCAACCUGGUCUGUGGAGGACGUGAACAGGAAUUUUCUUGAGCGUGCUGGUCUGGGAUAUAUGGCAGAGCAGUUCUCUGUAAACAAGAUCAAUGGAAAAUGUCUAAUGCUUUUGACAGAGGGUCAUCUGCAUGAACUUGGGAUCACUGUUCUGGGAGACAGACUUUAUCUAAUGGACCUGAUUGGAUUAUUGAAGAGGAAGAAGAAAGAAGCUGAACUCAGUGCUUCCAAAUGGUCUGGAGUUACACCGGCUCCUGGAAUUCGGUAUAAAGAAGACUGUGGAGAAUGUUGUGUGGCCUAUUGCUGUCCAUGUUGUUUGGCCAAGACUUUCUGGCGUGUCACAGGGCAAGGUGUAUUCUACAAGCGGGAACCUCCCUGUGGACUAUGGACGGAAGUUCGAACAGAGUACAUGGAUUAUCGAUUCUUCAAGGAUCUGGAGUUGAAACAAACUCGUAAAUGCUUGUGCUGCUGUACUGCAUCAGAGCUGGAGAUGUAUGUUGAUGACCAUGAUUCAAGUGGUGCACAGAAGGAAGGAGAGCCUCCCAAUCCAGGUGCAUUCCAUCCUCAUGUGCUGCGUCACCCAGAGGCAGCCCAAGUGGAGCAGAUCAUCAGAAAUGCCUGGAACAGAGCACGAUUGGUUGCAGAAGGCUAGGGUUUUCUGUUAUGUCAUUUUUAUGUUUGAGUUCACACUCAAUUUUUUCAUCUUGUCUAAUUAAGACAAUUUAGUAAGACUGGUCUGCAGAAGAAGUUUUGUUUUUUUAUUUUAAAACCUUUUGUUUCUCUUCUUGUUGAUGUUCUGUUACUAAGACAGAAAAUUGCAAAAAUCUAGCUCCUAUGAGCAAUUUCAGUCACAAUGUAACACAAAAAUUUGCACCCUCAAAAUAUUAGAGAUGUGCAAAAUAAAACUCCUUGAAAAUAUUCAUGUCAUAUGGCAGAUUCAUCAUCCUUAUCCAUGUUCUUUACUUUAAUCCUAUAUUUUGGGCACAGAGUCAGUGAAUUUUUUGUCCUAAACAUGCAAAAAGACAAGGUAUUGGAAUAUUUUGUAUGAAUUUUGGGGUUUGUUAGUGUUAAUAGGUGUAGUUAAUACAAGAUAUAAAAUCCAGCUGUUGUGGAGAAUCUAGCGGGUACCCAAAUCAAGUAAGGAAGCAAAGUAAAAACCAUGGCUUCAACACUUGAACAUACUAUAGCUGAUGUUUAUUUCCCUGAAUGCAAUUUAUGUCUCAUUUAUGUAAUGCACAAUUGUUUCCUUGACACUUCUAAUCUUUAUGGCACACAUUUUGUUUGAUUAUGCACUGGAAUUUUGUUUACAAAUGAUUGGUUGCAUUUUAUUUAUUUUAGUGUAUGUGUGUUCCUUCAGGCAAUAUUGUUUUGUCUGAUAGAGAAAAUGCAAUAAAAGUUCCUUUGAAAAGAGUGGAGGUGGCUGAAAAGCUAAGAGUUUUUCUUGGGAUCUGGAACUUGUUUCUCUCUUAAGGAUUUUUUUUUUUUGCCCUCUACUGCCUGUAUUCUAAAUGAAUUCUUCCGAGUAGAAUUUACGGUAUGUUAAAGCGUAGGUGAAAGUCUGUAAUCUCAAAUAUUGAAUAAACGCCAAUUACUAGUUUUCUUAAA